UCAUUUAUCAAGUUCGUCAUUAGACCAAAGUUAGAAAAAGUAACGGACUUUGGGAAACUCGUUCAAAAAGACGAAGAUUUACAAUGCUUCUGAAAUAAAAACAACAGAGCCAGAAGAUAUCAUGAAAGAGGCGACAUACUUGCAACCAAGGAGAAAUCCGAUCAUCUUCGAACAUGUCAAAAGCAAGUUUUUGUUCUGUCUUAGUGACAUUUCCUUCAAAACAAACCCAUCCUCGGAGCGAAAAAGUGAGCCGCGUUGGGUGAUCUCAGGGUGCCGCUUACCCUGAGCCAGCCCAUCCCAUCCGUGAUUGGCCCAGUUCUCCAUCUUCCACGUCCGAAGGGAGGGCGGAGUCAUCAUCGAGGACGACGCGAUCUCCAGAAUGUUUACCCUCGAUGUUCUUGUUGGACAGCGAAACAGAUUCACAUGUGGGAAAUCAGUUAACUCGAAUCUCUUCCUCUCGCCUCACUCCUGGAAAAUCAAUCUACGGAUCAUGGAAUCGUCCGCCAUGAAUCACCAUCAUCAUCAUCAUCAUUAUCCCACGCUCUUCUACCCAUCAUCAUCAGUGUGUUCCAUUGAAGGCGGUCAGAGUGGAUCCAGUACAGAUAUUGGCAUCAGCCAUCAUCUCCAUACCAAUCCGGAUCUAUUGAGAAUUCACUCCUCCAACGAAAUUUGGACACCUUGUGGAAGUCAGGGUCACGUCGGGAACAAAGAUGAAGAAACGCUUAAAAGUGAGCAUCGUGCUAGUGGAGACUACACCUUUCCAGACAUUUCCGAAAGUAUAAGCGCCGAUUUUUCGCAAACUUACCAAAAGGCCAAGGCUGAAAUGCUUCAAUCGCCGUUAUUCUUCGCCUAUCCACCCAUUUCUCAAGGGGGUCAAUCGGAUUGGGAUCGUUUGGCACCACUCACUUCUUCAGAAGAGACGGGCGUGUCUUUGAAGGCCAGUCCAAGUACUGGUGCUCCCCGACAGCCUUCAUCUCCCCAUGCAUCAAGGCCAAGUAGCAUUGCCAGUGAAAAAGAUCGUAAAGAAAGGACGGCCUUUACUAAGAGCCAGAUCGGUCAAUUGGAGCGAGAGUUUCACAGUUGCAAUUAUUUGACUCGCCUCCGUCGAUACGAGAUAUCCGUGGCUUUAGAUCUUACUGAAAGACAGGUGAAAGUUUGGUUUCAAAAUCGACGAAUGAAGUGGAAAAGGAAUAAAAACGCCCCUUC